UCCCGUAAACGUUUUACGCCAUCUUGAAAUUACACCCGCAGUUUGUCAAGUCGCUCCCAAAUUGAAAAGCACAGCAACUCUUUUCACUAUUUCCCCGGUGUCCGGAAUGAACGGUUCUCGAAGCAAACCGGCGCAGACAGUCAGCAAGGGACAGGCUAGCGCAGACAGCGGCUCGGAGACGACCCACAGGGAUCGAAAGACUGGUGGAGGAAUGCUGAAGAAACUGAAAUCGAGGCGCAGUCAAACGGAUAAGUGGCCUGUGGUUACAGAGGAUGAACUCCGGGCUCUGGGAAGGGAUAUUUCCCCGGACCAUGUCUUGGGUCUCCGGGUUGUCACGGAGGACUAUCUUUGCAAACCUGAAGACAACAUCUACAACAUUGACUUCACACGGUUCAAAAUCAGAGAUCUGGAGACAGGGACAGUUCUGUUUGAGAUUGCCAAGCCUCCUAACAGUGGUCCUAUGGAGAGUGAAGACGAGGGUGGAGAUGUAGACACCAGUGCAGGCCGUUUUGUCAGAUACCAGUUUACACCAGCCUUCCUAAAACUGCGCACUGUUGGUGCAACUGUGGAGUUCACAGUGGGUGAUCGGCCAAUUAACAGCUUUCGAAUGAUUGAGAGGCAUUACUUCCAGGGGCGCCUUCUCAAGAACUUUGACUUUGACUUUGGUUUUUGCAUUCCAAACAGCCGCAACACAUGUGAACACAUUUAUGAGUUUCCCCAGCUUCCAGACGACCUCAUUCGCCAAAUGGUGGAGCAUCCUUAUGAGACCAGAUCAGACAGUUUCUACUUUGUGGACAACAAACUCAUCAUGCACAACAAGGCAGACUAUGCCUACAAUGGUGGUCUGUAAUACCUGAAGGGAAAAAUGUCUAAUACCUCCCAGGGGAUUGAUUUCUUGGAUUACUACCAUCCAAAAGCUUCUCUUCAGUGGACACUGAAGUAUUCUCUCCUUUGUGGACAUUCCUACAGAAGUGACAGCAUACUUAAGAAUCAACAGACCACAUCUGCCUUGUUACGAAAUCAUGGAUCCAUUCAUCAGUACCUCACAGAGCUCAGUUUCUGGGAUUCUGAGGAAUGUUCUGUUAAAUAUUUCUCUGUUAAAUCUGA